GUUUUUUUAUUGACAUAAGUGCUCAGUAGCAGUUAGCAUAUUUUCCACUGUCAUGUAUUUCUCCUCUUCACUUUCUCUGAAAUGGAUCUCUUAGCUCUUCCCUUGGCUUUAUAACUAAUGUCCUUUUUCCAGCUUUCUGUUCAAAUUUGUAUUCUGGCUUUAUCUGCCCACAUUUAAAGUCAAGUUUAGAGUGCAGUGUACAACAGUUCUACGGCUGUCCCUCUUGUUGUGCACAAAGUCCCCAAGCAAAUCCAGCCUUUGCCUGGGUUGCCAUCCGCCUCCCUUUUGAUCAACAUAAAAAUGUUUCCUAGUGCCUGGAUUUACACACAGCUGUGGGGGUAUGACGUAGGUUCACCUGUCAGUGUUGUAAGACUUCUUGGCAUGUCCGCAGGUGCGGCUGCCUACGGUGCAUGCCGCUGACGUUCAAGCACUGCGUUGACGGAUGGGUGUGGUUGUACUGCUUAAGUUUCUUUUUCCCUUCCUCCCUUCUGUGAAAGAGAAACUUGGAGGUAGAGAUGGUGGACUCUAAGAGCCCUGCCUGUUUAGUGAGUGGCUGUAGUGGGUUGGUGAGUGUGCUGGAAGUCCAACCCCUGUAGAUUCUCAGGUCUUUGCUGUGUGUAUUGAAACAGUGCUGGGGUGGGAUGGAGACACUACCUGCUGAUAGCCUUCCCUUAGCACAUAUGGAGAGUGUAGAAAGCAAGUCUUGGCAAGGCCUGUCUUUAGUUUGUAAGCUGAGUGGAAUUGCACAUAGUUGUUUAAAUUUCUGAAUAAAAUCUUGCGUUGCAGGUAUUUUAGUGUUUCACGGCUGUCUUUAGGGUUUUUUGUCCAAUUAGAGCUGUAUUUUUAAAAAUAUUUCGAGAUUUUAAAAUGUUUUCCUUAUUUCUCUUUAAUAUUGCAGUGAGAAAUGAGUGGACAUUAGUAUAUUUGCUACACGCAAUCUAAUCCGAUUCCCUAGAAUGUGGAGCUUGUUGAAUUUAGUUUAGUUCCUCUGAGGGUCUGUUCCCUGCACCUCGGCCAAAGGCAACAUUGGAUGCAGAUCCUCUGAAAUGUUUCCCACCUCCUUUUUGGAGCACCCUGUACAGGAAGAGCAGUCAUUUCCCAGCCUGUGGACGUGGACAUUGGGCUCGCGUCUGGAAGAGCCCGUGGCCUCAUCUGCUCCCACCUCUUCCUGGUCCUCACGUUUUGUAAUGUGAGCCUCUGCUGGCAUCUGGUGGGAGAGCGAGAGAGAGAGCAAGUGAGAGAGGAGAAAACCCCCACUUAGGAAAAGAGAGCAAAAGGGCAACACCUUGACAGUAAAACAGUAGCAUCUUGGAAGAGAAGACUAUUCAAGUAACAGCCUUAUUUCUUCUGGAUAACAGCAUGGCCAAGAAGAACAGUCAGAAGGAUGCAUCUGAUGUGGUCUUUGACACCCACUCAAAAAUGGUCAUGUCCCAGGGAGGUACCUUCGAGAGGAUGAAGGAAAAGAUUAAUGCAGUUCGAGCCGUAGUUCCCAAUAAGAGCAACAAUGAAAUUGUUCUGGUGCUCCAACACUUCGAGAACUGUGUGGAUCGUGCAGUUCAAGCCUUUGUGGAAGGCAGUGCAGCUGAUAUCUUGAAGGAAUGGAAUGUAACCGGCAAAAAGAAGCCUAAGAAGAAAAAGCCCAAGCCUCAAGCAGAACCACAGCCUGCCCCAGCUGACACCCCAGCCCCCACUUCUAGCAGCAAGGAUGCUGUGAACGGUUUCCAUGCCAAUGGGUCAGUUGUGGAUGGGGAUUCAUUAGACUCCCUGAGUGAACAGCUGGAGUCUGCCUCUCUUGAUGCUACAGAAUUGGACUCAGAAGCAGCCACACCUGACCUCUCAGACACGACAGGUGGUGAAAGUGACCCAAAAUCCAGUACCCCAAGUGCAGUCUCGCAGCAAGCCCGUGGAGGGAGGAGCCACCCAGGCUCACGGGGCAACAAAACCCGCCCUCGCCCUGUCUCCAGUUCUCAGUCCACCUCUUCGCUGUCUCUGCGCCUGCCUGAUGAUGGCCAAUAUGGGGUGUCGGCCAACAAAAAAAUAGCAUCCAACAUUGAAAAAUCUGUGAAGGACCUGCAGCGUUGCACUGCCUCACUCACCCGUUACCGGGUAGUGGUGAAGGAAGAGAUGGACUCCUCCAUCAAGAGGAUGAAGCAGACCUUUGCAGAGCUCCAGAGCUGCCUGAUGGAUCGAGAGGUGGCUCUGUUGGCCGAGAUGGAUAAAGUUAAAGCUGAGGCCAUGGCUAUCCUGGAUGGCCGCCAGAAAAAAGCAGAGGAACUUCGCCGGCUGACUGACAGGUCAGGUUCCAUGUCCGAGGAUCAGCUGACUGAGCUACGUGCCGACAUCAAGCACUUUGUUAGUGAGCGCAAGUAUGAUGAGGACCUGGGAAGGGCGCUGAAGUUCACCUACGAGUUGGAGCCCCUUAAAAAAAGCAUCAUGAGUUUUGGACAAGUGUAUCACCCACAAACCAGCUAUUCCAGUCGCUCCCGCUGUAGCUCUGCCGCCUCAUCUAUUACUAGUCCAGCUCCCCAAGAAGCAGUUCCCCCUGUUCAGCCCCUGGCAUCAGGGUCUGGGGGCCGCUCUGGCCAGACGCAGAAACAGGGUUAUCAGGGUAACCGGCGUCCAGGUCAAGGCUAUCACUCUGGAGGUCAGCGACUCAAUGGCAGCUCGUAUCAAGACAGGAAUCCCAAUCGGACCAACAGGCGUUACCAAGGAGGCCGUGGAGAUGGUCCUGUCUCUAAUACACCCUUGUCAUCCUCCCCACUUUCCUCUGCCACCACAAAUGGUGCCACCCAAUCACUUGGUUCCCAGCCAGACCGCUCUGAACCGAAUGGCCUACCCCAGAGACCCCCACGGACUCGCUGUCCCUGAUACCAGCCCUGCUUACCGUUACACCCCCACACCUGUCUAAACCUACUUCUUGAUACGUCCCUGUACCUCCGCAAUGAAGGAUAGAACUGAAGUUUACAUCUUUCCAUUUUUCUUGAGCUGUAGCGCCACCUGUAGGAAAUCCCAUAUGUUCUCUGAAAGAACAAACAUUUUCCCUUCAUCAGUCACUUUUCAUUUUAUCUUCCUAACCCCUUGCUGUUUUCUGUAUGCAUCUUUCCUGUAGUUGAUGGGUUGCUCUGUCACAUGCUGGUACUGGCCUUUCAGCUGCAGUAAGUGUGCAAAACCUUCAGACUUGCUUUGAAGUCAAUGGGUACUUUUUUUUUUUUUUU